UCCAGUUUUCCCGCGUGCAAGCGGCAUUUUGUCAACAAAGUGAAAACAGAGAAAAGGAAUAAAAAACCCGUCUUAUGUCAAAAGUAGUGACGAGAAUUGACUGAUAUGUUCAAAGAAUUAUCCUGAUAUUUAACAGGUAAAGAUUGUGUCAGACAAAACAAUGGCCCGUCUAGAGAUCAUUGGUGAGCUGAAAUACUCCGGUCUGGAGUCUGGAACAACCAACUGGAAACAAGGAACCAUGGUUUUACACUCAAAAGAUGGUUGUUGGAAACUAGAUCUUCACAUCAAUUGUAAUAGGAGGGGGCCAGUUCAGUCUUUUCAGAUUAACAGUAACACAAUCAAAAAGAUUCUUCUGAAGGAGAAAAUUUACUUCAUUGAACUUUUCAUGCAUACGAAAGGAGGAGGAGCAUGCAACAUAUACUUUAAGCCCGACACCAGAAGUUUAGUAAAGACUAGAGAAUUUGAUGCUGUCAUGCAAGAUAUCAAGAAAAACAAAAUUGAGCAGUCACAAACUCCUUGUAAAGAUAAAAGUACUGUUUCAAGGACUGGUCUUCUAGGAGACAGUCCAAUGUCAACAAAUGUGAAAACUUUCUCGAGAGAUACACCAUCAAAACAGUUCACAAGGUACAUGAAAGAACCUCCAAGAAAAGAAGAACAACCAUCAUUAUACUGUGAUGAGGAGUUCAAAGAGAAUGUCGGUUCAGAUAAAGAGAACUUUUUGUACCGCGGCUUGGAAAAGAGCAACGCUGUAACCAAGCAAUCUGGUUCUGUGGACUCUUUCCCUACUCCCAAGUUUUACAUGUCUUCUAAACACUCCCCUUUCUCAGGACACUCCUUGUCAAGUGUGGGUACAGCAAGUGCCAGUAAGAGACUGGACUUAAUGCCAGACCCUACCCCCAGGCUCUCUACUGGGGUCAACUAUUCCUGGUCCAAAAACAAGCUCUCGUUGCCUCAGAAGGAAAAUAACCAACUCUCAGGUUUUUCCAACCUUGGUAACACCUGUUAUAUGAAUGCAAUUCUACAAGCUCUCUUUCACCUGGAACCUUUUACAAGAGACCUAGUCCACAUCAGCCGUAGAAUCUCCAGAAGUCUACCUCAGCAGUCGCUCUACCAGUCCUUGGUGCGACUGCAUGGAUCUCGGAAACGGAUUGUGUCUGACAUUGCUAAGCGAGAUCUGCUCAGGAGUGUCAAACAAGCCAUUUCAUCAAGUGCCAAACGGUUCUCUGGCUAUCAGCAACAUGAUGCCCAUGAAUUUCUGAGCCAGGUUUUAGAUCAACUUAAAGAGGAAGUAGCAAAAGUCAUGAAGUCUACACCCAGUCCUAGUCGCAGCCCAAGGGAAGUAACUGAAGGCAUGGAAGUCGUCAAUCCAACACUUCAGAAUUUUGAAUUUGAAGUUACCCAUACCAUUUCCUGCUCAAAUUGUCCAGAGGAAGUGACAAAAGCAGAGCAGUUUUAUGACCUGUCAUUGGAGAUGCCAAGGAGGAGGGCUGGGUCUACUCCCUGUACCAUACAGCAUGCUCUGGAUCUGUUCUUUAGAAAAGAGUCCAUAGAGUACAAGUGUGAGAAGUGUGGAUGUUGUAAGGCAGAAGUAUCCCAUAAAUUCACCAAGCUCCCAAGGGUUUUAAUAUUGCAUCUGAAGCGCUACAACUACAAUUCUGGGUCAUCAGUCCAGUCCAAGAUGUUGCAGAACAUUGUUAUUCCAAAGUUUCUGAGCCUCUCUACACACUGCAAUGAGGAGACAAGCAAACCCUACCCCAUCCAUGCUCCCCUUCCUCUGCCCAGCCCACAGAAAAGUUUGCUUGAAUCCCCUAAAGAGAGUACUCCUCGAAGAAGGCUUGACAUGAACAACAGUUUUAGAUUUAAAAAGUCAAGAGUUCUCCCCCUUUUUGAAUCUGAUGAUGAUCUGUCAAUUUCAAGUUCUCCUAGUAAGAAACCAAAGUUGGAUGAGAAUCAGGAUAAAUUGGAGACGACGGAGAAAGAAAGAGAGCCUUUUAAAACUUUGACCCUAGCUGAUACACAGGAAGACCCAGAUUUGGCCAAAGCCUUGGAAUUAUCUCUACAAGAAGCUAAUGAAAGAGCACAGCAGCAGCAAUAUACAGAUGAGGUAGAUGGAGGGCAUGAGGACUCAGAUUUUCAAAAGGCAUUAGAAAUGAGUCGAAUGGAGUCUGAAAACCCCCAGUCUGAUCACGAUUAUGGAUCAAGUCUAAAUGGAAUGUCUGAGGAGGAGCAGAUGAGAAUAGCUAUUGAAGAGAGCAUGAGGGACUUUGCCCAAGCCAACUACUUACCUGAUCCUGAAGAAGAAGAGGAAAGGUAUUAUACAGAGGCCUCUGGCUCAAGAAUCACAGAGCAGACACAACACAACAAGGGUGGGGAUCUGAUCAAACAGUGCAGUGCAAUAGUGUAUGAAAGCUGUCUACAGAAUGGACUCGAGAAUGGAGACCCACUUGAGAAGGCUACUGGGGAGAACACUGCUGAAGACUUUGUAGCUUGCAGGUCAAAGUACUUUACAAAGCAAGAAAAAUGCAGCGUAUGUGAUAAAACCAAAGACAAAGACGUCUCCAUGGACAGUGAAUGUAAAUGUGUCACUGAUGCAACGGACUGUAAUGGAAAUGAAGUGGGCAGCGGGAAGUCUCUUGUCCAGCUGAAUGGUGGCAAUUCACAACACAACGGCUUUGUGCCCAAGUUGAGUUCCGAGAAUGAUUUCAAAUCCAUGUUUGAUGAUGAUGACUUUGAUAAAGAUGUGAUGCUGCUUGAUGAACCUUGGGCCUCAGAUGACAAGGAGAACAAGAAGCCCUCAGAACCAUCAGAGGAGGACACCUGUCUGAUUGAGGACCUUCCAGUUGUGUGUAAUGAGAAAGGAGAGCUGCCUCAGUCAUACCGCCUGGUCAGUGUGGUUAAUCACAUAGGAGCCAGCUCUUUUGUUGGCCAUUACAUCAGUGAUGUGUUUGAUGCUGAGAAAAGGUGCUGGUACAGCUUUGAUGAUUCUCGUGUUUCCAAGACAACAGAAUCAGAAAUCAGGUCCAGUCGAGAGAGAAGUGGAUACAUAUUCUUCUACCUCAACAAGGAUAUUUAUGAAGACCUUGCCGAGCAUUUUGAGAAACACAAUACUCCCAUUGAAUUAAAAUGAUUUGUUUUUUGGACAAUACGUGGAUAUGUACAUGAAAUAGUAUAUUGACGUUAUUUAUUUUUAUAAAAGUAAAUUUAACAAUUG